GGGGAGUUUAUAGCCGAAUGGACUGUUUUUCCGGAUGUGACUUUCAUUUCAAGUAGUGAAAAAAAACAAAACAAACCAAAGCAAGCGCGCUGUUUUUGCAAAAGUAAACGAAACAAGUGAGCAGGAACAGGAUCCAGUGCAGAGGCUGAACUGAGGAAUGUCGUCGAAAGGCAAGAAGCGAGUGGUUCUGCCGACCCGACCCGACCAGCCCAGCGUGGAUCACAUCCUGGAGGACAUCGCCAAGGCCUCCCCCAACGACCCCGUCUUUGUCACGCUCCAAGAGGCCAGCGAAGAUCUGCCUGGCUUUGUGCGAGGGGGCGGUGUGGAGGCUGAGCUGGAGGGGCGGUACCAGCAGUGCUGGAGGUACUACCAGCUGAACGAGGAGCUGCAGGGCACACGCAGCGAGCUGGCGGCCAGGAGAGAGGCACUCCGCCGGGCCGGAGAGCAGCUGGAGCAGAGCACGGCAGAGAUCAAGAGCAGGGCGCUGUGAGAGCCCAGCCAGAAAACACUUCACAAUGCUGGGCAAUCUGUUCAAGCUGAGCCAGGGGCGCCAGAGCUAAGGGCAGGGGCUGGAGAGUGCGCUCUCUAGUGGACAGUUUCGUACUUGAGCAACAUUCAUCACAGAUUCUGAGAACAUUGAGGGUGUAACGUGCCAAGGCCUUUUACAUUCAGUAAAUAGUUUCAGCAAUACUAAAAGAAACGUAAUAAAUCCAGUGACAAAUGUUUGUCAAUUGAUUUGAUUCAUUUCCUUCAAGACUUUGGAAAAGGCUUCUGUUCGAAACAUUUUUUCGUUUAAUUUAUGAAGUGUUUUAUAGGUAUGGAUGGAGUAAACAUUGCACAGGAAGUGAAUCUGUAGUGUGGUGGCAGGAUAGAUUCAACGUGGAAAGUCUGGAUCUACUGCAGGGAUAAGUGCAUUGAGGAGAGGUCUGAACAUGUUUACUUAUUACAUUAAUAUUGGCAUUCAACUAAACUAAACUAAAGUACUGUUUAAGAUGGGGUUGAAUUCUCUUGUUUAUCUUAUUGGGUGUCUCGAAGUAACUGUUUUGUUGUUUUGGACAUACAGCCUGCAGCUUUGGGUUAAAGUGAAGCUGCUCAUUGCUAGAAGUGCAAUAAGCAAGCAGUCUCCUAAUUGAAUGUCGCACAAAUAAUCAAUGCAUUGAGAAUACUUCAUACUGAAAAUGAGUAGAGCCUUAACAAAAGGCUUCUGAAAACAACCCUGUGCAUAUUAUGAUGCAUGGUUAUGUAUGAACUGAGGGCUGCCGGGAUGGAAGUAAGACUCCUAUUGCAUAACAGUUUCACCCAUUCCAGGUUUAAAUACGAGCUUGAUUAGCCCCAGAGUAUAGUUAACAAGCUCCUGUGUGUUCUAUUAAACUCAUAGUAAAACCAUGAAUGGAUCAAACUGCUGUGCAGUGGGUGUCUUAUUCCCUGAUGCUGACAAAGUAAAAACCAUUGUGAUCAGUAAUUGUUAUAUUUCUACUCAUUGUAAGCCUAGUUCAUUCUAACAGUAAACUCCUUGCUUAUUGUUUCUUUGUUGUGCUGUCUGUUUAGGGAUGAUGGAUAUGUUUGACGGUGGCUGCUGAUUAUUCUGAAGGUUUCUUCAGGUCUGCUUGGAGACUCCAUCCACUCGGACCAGCUGUGGUCAAUGCCCAAGCCGCAAACAGUUUAAAAGAAAAGACCAAAGCAUGCAUGAAAUAAGUGAUCCUUUAUUUAAUACUGAAAAAAAAACACUAAGGUGCACUACAUUUGAGCAUUUGCAGCAACAUUUACAGAUGGCCUUUACCCCACGAGAAGGAGAGGUAUGAUUAUGUUUAUUUACAGGCAGGCAGAUGUGGAACUGUCCGGUGUCCCAGUCUGAGAGAGAAGCGAGACAGAAGAAACACUGAAAACUCUCAGCGCACAACACCGACACACAGGACAUCUAAAAAGAUGAGAAUUCAUAGCUGCAUAAUAGUACUGAGCGUGAGGUAAGAACGCGCACCUGGCAACACUGCAGUAUGUAUGUGUGCAAUAUAGUGGCAUCACCUGGGGCCGGUCUUUCAAAACUGUGAGAACAGUGAUCCGGAUUUUGUAACUGUAUAUUUUGUGAUCGAAAUUACUUAAAAAAAAUAAAAUAAAUUAAAAAAAAAACUGGUUCAUAAUCAUAAUUAUUUAAAUAAUCUCGAGCGCAAAAUAUAGAAUUACUAAAUCUGUAUAGCUUGUUAGCCAGAUUAAAAGUUUUUGAAAAACUGUCCUGCUUGCUAUUCCGGGACCCUGUCAAAGCAGGCAUUGCUAGUGACGCCCCUCAUAGAUGAAGGGGGUCAGUGGACCAAAGACCUAACCCUCAAGUUAGUUAUUGUGUGAUGUUUCAACCUGAAGUUACGCAGAGCUGCACAAGAGAUGGAAAUUUGGGACAUUCUUGUGUGCCUCCCCAUGCAACUGUUUCAGAGUUUAGGCAUGUGGGUUUUAACUGUUUCCCCACGUGUAACUCAGAUUUGAUUUUGAUGGCUGGCACUUCGUUCCACUCGACCCCUUCAUGUGCAAUAUACCUGUGCGAUUCUGUACAAAGUGCCUAUAGGACUCAAUUUGCCGGGGGCAAAUAUCUGUGGAAGUCAUUAGUCCUUGCAGUAUGUAGAAUGCCAAGGGUUCCAGCACAUGACUUGAAUACCUGGGGACCAACAUUCAGGAGAAGGCAGCUCAGAGACAUGAACAGAUUACACAGAAUCACUUUGCCUGCACACAGACAUACAGCAUAGGCAUAGAGUAAACGGAAUGAAUAAAUACUGUGUUUCUAGUUGAACAAAUAAUGCUGGGCAGAGUGGCUGGCUGUUUUGCAUAAGCUUUUAAUAUCAGGUGCAGUUUCUUCUGUGUUACGUAGUGUAAGGAUACGUUGUAAAACAGUGUUUUUUUUUCCUUUAGCUUUAUACAUACAUUGGUAAGUGAAAGUGCUGCAGAUCACAUUGAGCGGAAGCUAACUGCCCAUUCAGACCUGGUCACCUGGUUUAGGGAACCUUGUGACCCAUUCCACCCCCCUGCAUGUCUGCCACAUUGAAGGGGACAAUCACAUGGAUCUGAACCCAUUAUAACCCACGUAAGCCUUGCUCGUUGGUCUUGCCUCGUGGUGCAUCAAAUGGAGGCAUCAAUACUGGCCACUUUCAAAGGUAACGAAGCAAAAGGUUGUUUUUUUUUUUUCAACCUACAGAACUCCAAAUGAACAAUAUUUCAUUUAGAACACUAAGGGAAGACAUGCCAAGUUCCAAACGAAGACACAGUCGAAUAGCAGUGAAGUGUUUACAGCAUUCGAUGGCUGAUUUUCAAGCCUGUUUGUGGCUCUUGAUGUUGGCUUGUACUUCAAACCUGGCCAGGCAAUGUGGCUUUAAUACAAGAUCAAAAGAGAUGUUCACAAUUGAGAACCAAGGCAAUAUUCUGUCAAAGCUGUACUAGAAGUAGGCAGACACUGACGGACACGUUGAACUCUUGGGAAUCACAGGUGUUAAAUCUAGACAUCCAGCACAGCGCUGCAGGAAAAUCUGUAGCCAAGUUUUUUUUUUUUUUUUGUUUCACAGUCUUGCAGAUCUUUUUAUAUCAUGUUACCCCCUCAUUUGAGUACAGCAGGACGUGGGGCUUGGAGAAGGAUUUCUCGAAUGCCUGACAUCUCUGUUACUAGACUUUCAUGUCUGGCAGUAAAGAACACAGAGCUUACAAAUGCAACACAUUUUACACACAGUCACGGUAGUGCUAAAUAUCCCAGGCUAAGACAGAAAGAAAAAAGCUUCUCAAUUCGGAUUCUAAUCUAUAUUUAAAAACUUGCUGUACUGUACACUUUUCAUUUACCUAAUUGGAUGGCAAAAAAAGGUAAAGUGACAUUAAAUACACAGUAAAAAAGGGGGUUGGAAGCUAAAUAAUAUAGCUUCGCUUCAAGCCUUUAGAGAAUGACAUUGUGUCAUUGUACGUGCAUGAAGAACCCCUAUGGACCACUGCAAUGGCUAGAUAAGCUCCACCCCUCCCUUUAUUGACAAGACACUGCUUUUCUUCCAUGGUAACAUUUAUCAUAGCAAAAACUCUGCUUCCAGGCAAUGCUGUGGUCUACAUAGGGUUCUGCUGCAGCUUUCCUUCAGGGCUUAUUACAGAAAUAGCCUGUUAAGAGAUAUUAUAUCUCUCCCCUUCUCUAAACUAGAUGACAACAAUACUGGCAGCAGAAUCAUUUCAGCAGUGUAUCUCAGAGUAUUUAGCAUGUAGUCUAAUUCUCAUAUUGUCAAAACCGACCUCAGAAUGAUUUUCAGUUGUUGGUAUUCACUUAGGUGAACUGAUUCCAGGGGCGAACGCUAAUGGCAGUCAGCAAAAUCCAUUAAACUACCCAGCUGGUUUAAUUAUUACAGUCACAAAGCCAGACCAACAACAGCAGCAAGUUCCCUUUCAUAUAAUGUCUGUUUACAGAGUCGGAAUGCAGCUGUCAGUUCCUAGGAGGAGUGCGAAGCUGACAAGCUGGCGGAUUUAAACAGUUCAGAAUGCAGUCUGUGUGUGUAAAGUUUACUAAGCUAGCCUUAUCCCAGGUAAGGAACACAUACUGUCCCAAGCUAAACAUCGCUCUACAGAGUUCAGUAGGAGAGUAGUCUUUUGGUUUCUGUGUAAUUUGUGUCUUUAACAGAAAAGAUUUAGUGACUCCUCUCUCUAGGUACAGAAGAGCUUCACCAGUUUUAUUUCAACAGAUGCCACAUUCAGGGCAGGACUGUUAUUGAGCCUUAAAGGGUACAUAAGGACCUUUUUAUUUUAUUGUGUU